AUGAAAUACAUUCUUUUGGCAUCAGCAUUAUUGCUGGUGUUGUGUACAGUUCAACUCAGCUCUGCUGUAGUUGUCAACAAGCAAGCUCCAACAGCUCAAAAUUGUGUUGUUUGCGAGAUGUUGGUAGGAAUUGUUGAGAGAUACCUCGAGAACAAUGCAACAGUCCAAUUCAUUGAAGCUGAACUUGACAAAGUCUGCAACUACAUUCCAGGCAUCUAUGGUCAAGAUUGCCACGUAUUAGUUGAUGAUUAUCUCACAGAGAUAAUUGAGUCUAUCUUGAACAAGGAGACUCCUCAGGAGAUAUGUGCAAAGUUUGGAAUGUGCGGUUCCUCCAAGGUAGAUCCACAUCCACUUGACCAGUCCAUUGAGUGUCCAGUCUGUGUAUCUUUGGUCUCACAUGCUGAAUACUAUCUCCAGAAGAAUGCUACUCAACAAGAGAUUGAGGGAUACCUCAGUGAUAUGUGCACAAUGUUUGUGCAGACCGACUGGGAGUCCACUUGCAAUGCUUUCAUCAACAACUACACUCCAAUCAUCAUCCAAUUGUUGGUUGCCGAGCUCUCUCCAUCCAAGGKUUUGCCAAGAGAUGCACCUGUG